AUGUCUCAUCCCAAGAUGUCUCAUCCCAAGAUGUCUCAUCCCAAGAUGUCUUAUCCCAAGAUGUCUCAUCCCAAGAUGUCUCAUCCCGAGAUGUCUCAUCCCAAGAUGUCUCAUCACAAGAUGUCUCAUCCAAAGAUGUCUCAUCCCAAGAUGUCUCAUCCCAAGAUGUCUCAUCCCAAGAUGUCGCAUAACAAGAUGUCUCAUCCCAAGAUGUCUCAUCCCAAGAUGUCUCAUCCCAAGAUGUCUCAUCCCAAGAUGUCUCAUCCCAAGAUGUGGCAUCCCAAGAUGUCUCAUCCCAAGAUGUCUCAUUCCAAGAUGUCGCAUCCCAAGAUGUCUCAUCCCAAGAUGUCUCAUCCCAAGAUGUCUCAUCCCAAGAUGUCUCAUCGCAAUAUGUCGCAUCCCAAGAUGUCUCAUCCCAAGAUGUCGCAUCCCAAGAUGUCUCAUCCAAAGAUGUCUCAUCCAAAGAUGUCUCAUCCCAAGAUGUCUCAUCCCAAGAUGUCUCAUCCCAAGAUGUCGCAUCCCAAGAUGUCUCAUCCCAAGAUGUCUCAUCCCAAGAUGUCUCAUCCCAAGAUGUCUCAUCCCAAGAUGUCGCAUUCCAAGAUGUCGCAUCCCAAGAUGUCUCAUCCCAAGAUGUCUCAUCCCAAGAUGUCGCAUCCCAAGAUGUCUCAUCCCAAGAUGUCUCAUCCCAAGAUGUCUCAUCCCAAGAUGUCUCAUCGCAAUAUGUCGCAUCCCAAGAUGUCUCAUCCCAAGAUGUCGCAUCCCAAGAUGUCUCAUCCCAAGAUGUCUCAUCCAAAGAUGUCUCAUCGCAAUAUGUCUCAUCAAAGAUGUCUCAUCAAAGAUGUCGCAUCAAAAGAUGUCGCAUCCCAAGAUGUCUCAUCACAAAAUAUCUCAUCCCAAGAUGUCUCCCACAUUUUGUACAUUUUGUACCCACCUUCCUGUUGGUCAGCCCCUGCCCAAUUUUCCCAGUACCACGCCCUCCGAUAA